CUGGGAUAUUUAAGUCUUCUCCGCGGCGCGGAGCCGCGAUGUCUCCGGCGGCUACGGCGCCUGGAGGAUGCGAACGGCGGCGGCCUAUAGCGAGUGUCAGGGACGGUCGGGGCCGGGGCUGGGGUUGCGGUUGCGCGGCGCUCCUCGGUCUGUCGCUGCUUGGCCUCGUACUCUAUAUAGUGCCGGCGGCGGCUGCGCUGGCCUGGCUGGCCGUGGGGGCUACCGCGGCCUGGUGGGGACUGAGCCGCGAGCCCCGAGGUUCGCGCGCCUUCUCGCUUGUCCGGAACGCGCGGCGUCAGCGAACACUGCUUGCCUUGUCUCCAGCCAAGUCAGCAGUAAACGGAAAUCUCCUCGAGCCACGGACCCUGCUCCGCGGACCAGACCCUGCUGAAUUGCUCCUCGUGGGCAGUUACCAGGGCAAGCCUGGCCCCCCGCAGACCCCCCGGGUUCCGGAGGCCACAGACCUGCGGGAGAGGCUUGGCGGUCGCCCACCCACCCGCACCACGCUGUUGGCUUAUUCGGCCCAGCACGUUCACCACAUUCACCCCUCUCCCCCCGCUUCUCUGCUCGCACCCUCCAGGAGGCCUUCCCACAGGGAUUGUGGGACUUUGUCAAAUCGGUUUUUAAUAACACCUCGAAGACGAUACCCUAUUCAGCAGGCCCAGUAUUCCUCUCUGGGGGUACUUCCCACAGUGUCUUGGAAUGGUUAUCACAAGAAGGCUGUCCUAUCUCCUCAUAAUUCCAAAAUGGUGUGCAGCCCAGUGACAGUGAGGAUUGCUCCUCCUGAUAGCAAAUUGACUCGUUCUCCAAUACAGGAGCAGUUAAUGACCUCAACACUGUCCUCAACAUCAAGUAAUGCUCCAGACCCAUGUGCAAAGGAGACUGUACUGAGUGCCCUCAAAGAGAGGAAGAAAAGAACAGUGGAGGAGGAAGAACAAGUACUCACUGAUGGACAGGAAAAUAAAAGAAGGCGGCAUGAUAGCAGUGGGAGCGGGCAGUCGGCAUUUGAGCCCCUGGUGGCCAAUGGAGUCCCUGCUUCUUUUGUGCCGAAGCCUGGGUCUCUGAAAAGAGGUCUCACUUCCCAGAGCUCAGAUGACUACCUGAAUAAGAGAUCCCGCACCUCUUCUGUGAGCUCCAUGACGAGCACGUACACGGGUGGCAUUCCCAGCUCCAGCCGCAACGCCAUUACCAGUUCUUACAGCUCCACUCGGGGUUUCUCUCAGCUGUGGAAGAGAAGUGGCCCCAGUUCAUCACCCUUUUCCAGCCCAGCCUCGUCCCGCUCCCAGACACCAGAGAGGCCAGCAAAGAAAAUAAGAGAAGAAGAACUUUCUCAUCAUUCUAGUUCUUCAACUCCAUUAGUAACUGACAAGGAGUCCCAGGGAGAAAAGGUUACAGAUACAACCGCAUGGAAGAAACAGAACUUGCAGAAUUCCCCGUCUACGCCUGGCAGCUCUGGGCAGCGCAGACGGAAGGUUCAGCUGCUGCCCUCCAAACGAGGGGACCAGCUGACCUUGCCUCCACCUCCCCAGCUUGGUUAUGCAAUUACUGCUGAGGACCUAGACUUGGAAAAGAAAGCUUCAUUACGGUGGUUUAACAAGGUCUUGGAAGAUAAGACUGAUGCUGCCUCAAGCUCUGUCACUGAGAACCCGCCUACCACUCAGCCUUCUUUCACUUUAACUCUGCCUACCACUGGGGCUGCUCCCUCCCCAUCUUCUCUCCCGGCCUCAAGCACCGACCCACUGUUGGAGAGUUUGAAGAAGAUGCAGAAUUCCCCAGGCCUACCAUCCUUCUCAGAUGAUUCAGCUGGAGUGGCAGCCACUGUGGCCCAUUCGCCUCCGAAGACACCCAGCCUUCUGGGCCCUCUUGGCACUUCACAGUCAGCACCCUUUUCAGGCGCCACCUCAGACUCCAAAAUGACAGUUACUUUCUUAGGGCUGACCCCUACUUCUUCCACAGUACCAGUCACUGACACCACCAAGUCACCUCUGUCCCCUCAAACUGAGAUAUCUGCCCCAUCUCAAGCCCCAUCUGCCCCAUCCCCAACCCCCAAGCAAAGUAUUCUAUUUGGAAUGCUGAGCACCCCACCUGCUGACCUUCCUGCCUCUGCAGCUCCUGCUGUGUCUUCAGCAUCUCCCAUGUUCAAGCCCAUUUUUGCAGUCCCGCCUAAAAGUGAGAAUGAGGGCCCCUUGCCAUCUAGCUCUUCCAAGGUCACAACUGCAGCAUCUUCCAGCUCUGCCCUUUCCACAUCCACCAGCACCUCACCUGUCUCUUUCAAGCCUAUUUUUGGCAGCCUGGGGCCACCGAUAUCUGUACCCUUGUCAGCUCCCUUCUCCUUCAGUCAAACUGCUAGUCCAGCCACAACCACAAGCGCUCCUCACUUCACUGGCCAGGCGAGUACCACCUCAGCAGUGGCUGGCGUGACCACUGCCAGCACCUCUGCAGACUCAGCCUCGAAGCCUGCCUUUGGCUUUGGUGUGAGUGAUGUGACCAGCGCCAUGAGCAGCGUGACUAGCACUACCCCUUCCACCUCCCAGCCUUUCCUCUUUGGGAAUCCCCCUGCCUCUGGUGCCAGCUUUACCCCAGCCACAGGCUCCAUAUUCCAGUUUAGCAAGCUUCCUGCCAUGCCUACUUCAGCAACAACGACAACCACCGCCGCCACAACGACAUCCUUUAGCCAGUCCCUGUCCAGUGUUGUGCAGACAGUUGCCAGCAGCAGCACCACCAGUUUUAGUGCUUUUGGCAACACCCUUACCACCUCAGCCCCAGUUACAACCACCAGCCAGCCUACCCUGACAUUCAGUAACACUACCACCCCAGCAUUCAACAUUCCCUUCAGCUCAAGCUCCAGGGCCCCUCUCCCAUCGUAUCCAGGAGCCAACCCCCAGCCUGCAUUUGGGGCCGCUGAUUCUCAGCAGCAGGGGUCCAGCAAACCGCCCCUCGCCCCCAGCUUUGGCAACUCUUUCACUUUUGGAAGCUCUGCAGCACCAGCCCCAGCUGCAACUCUAGCACCAACUCCAACCCACACAGCCUUUGGUAACACUGCGCAAUCUGCUUUUGGUGGUUUGAAGCCUGCGGCCUCUGUGUUUGGCGCCCCUGCCAGCACCCAGCCGGCCUUUGGCAGCACCACACCUGUUUUCUCCUUCGGCGCAGCUACCAGUUCUGGCUUUGGAGCUACAACCCAGACCACCAGCAGUGGGACCAGUAGCUCAAUGUUUGGCAGCACAACACCAUCACCCUUCACAUUUGGGAGCUUGGCAUCCCCGGCUGGCAGCGGGGGUUUUGGGAUCAACGUGGCUACCCCGGGCACCAGCUCUACCUCUGGAGCAUUCAGCUUCGGAGGAGGACAGAGUGGGACCACUGGCAGCACGGCCCCCUUUGGGGGGGGCUUGAGUCAGAACACACUGGGUGCACCCAGCCAGAGCACACCCUUCGCCUUCAACACAGCUGGUACACCUGAGAGCAAGCCUGUGUUUGGAGGCACCUCCACGCCCACCUUCGGUCAGAAUGCCCCUGCCCCUGGAGUGGGCGCAUCAGGCAGCAGCCUCUCCUUUGGGGCAUCCUCAACACCCACCCAAGGCUUUGUUGGAGUUGGACCUUUCGGAUCGGCGGCCCCUUCAUUUUCCAUUGGUGCAGGAUCCAAGACCCCAGGGGCUCGACAGCGACUGCAGGCCCGAAGGCAACACACCCGAAAGAAAUAGACUCUGUCCCUUGCCUCCAUUCCCCCCACCCCUUGCCCCAAUGUGGACCUUGGCACCUUGCUAGGGAAGAGCCUCUAACCCAUAGUUCCAUAAAGCAAACCUACCCCAGACCUCUGGCUUCAGCUACAAGAGGUAGUAGCAGCCCUGGGGGCCAUUUCCCUCUUAGAGGAAGCAGAAGCCUCAGGCCUCUUGGGGGAGGGAGUGGCAGGGCAGAAGCCUGAUACCUUUACUUGAACAAUUCCACUGUUGAGGCUAGAGAGAACUGAAGAAACAUCUGUACAUACUGUUCACUUAACUUCCCUGACUUGUUUAGUGUAUGAGCUUAGUCAGGUGGCCUCCCUUCCGCUUUUUCCCCACAGAGCCAUCUUUGCUGGAGAGUGCCAGGUAGAGCCCUGACCACCUGCCUCUCUGGUGUGCAUUUGAUGGGAUUGGGGGAAAUGGAUCAUCCCUAAAGCUUUACCUUGCUUGGCUUAGCUAUAAAAAGUGGUUCUCUGAUCCCUUUAGGGGACUGUUUCCCCAUUUCUUGCUGCUUUGUCCUUUGACUGGUUCCUUGCAGGAUCUCUUGCUUUUUAAAUGAUCUUGAAUCAAGCUUUGCCUUGAAGACUCCAGUGGAUGCUGCUCCUGCUGUUUCACUUCCUCCUGCCAAGUCUGAGUCAGUGUUUUGUCCCCAGCCCUGCCAGUUUGGCCCCUAAAAGCUUGGUGGCUCAAGACUGUUAGCCUGGCAGAUCCAGGGGUGAUCCCUCACUCCAGGGAGGGAAUCUCUUGGAGCAGGCAGGAUGCCCACCGCUGCUUUCAGCUGCCUCCUUGUGCACCACCCCCGCUGGCCUCAUUGGGCACGUCGGCCUCUCCGGGAUUGUAUGUUUAAAAACCUUGUCCUGUGUUACUUUGUCUGAUGCUCAUGUCUAUUGCUCUUUGAAUCGAGUUUGGAGGAAGAAUUGAAUUGUAUGAGUGGCGGCAUGUUGGUAGUGCCGGACUUAACUGUUUCAAGUUUCUGGGACUUAGCUAAUUGAAUGUGGAAAGUAGCACCACUUUACGGCUAUAAGUGCCAACUCCUGGAUUUUCAAAUGGUGUUUUGACUAUGGGCUGGCAGCCCAGGAGGAUAGGGCCAAGGGGAAGCAAAGACCUCUUCCCUCUGCUGUUUCUCUCUCCUCCCCACCUGACCUCACGGGAGGUUAGCUCACCCCUAGUGUAUGUUAGAAAAUCCUAAAUUAAUGAACCACACUCUAAAUUCUUAGCCAACCCCCCUCCCCCAAGCCUCCAACCCUUCUGUUCUUCCUUUGUUUCCAAAUCACAUACCCCAGGCCUAAGAGCCUCGCUGCCGUGCCCAUCCUCUUUGGGAGAAGUAUGAAUGUGUGUGUCUAAAUUAAAAGAAAAAAUAUUUAAACAUUUUUUAACGAAAUAAAAAUUUAUUUUUGUAUUUAAGCUAAAUUGCCUUUUAAAUUCCUUCAAGCUUGGUUCAUUGAGGUGGUUAAGUAUAAAUGCUGUUGACUAGGAAUUAGCUGUAUAGUUAAGUUAUGCCUGUGUGAAGAAGAGGCUCCAGUGCCAUCCCAGGCAGCUUUCCUGAGGGACUAGAGCUCUUUCUGGACACAUUAUGUAAAAUGUAAUUCUUAUUUUAUAAAUAAUGUGACUUAGAUGUACCCAGUCCCCUCCCCCUUUUGUGACUGAGUUUUGAAUGUUCUGUGGCAGGGGACUGGCUGUUGCUCCCACCCCAAGAACUACUUAAGUAGCUCUGUCGCUACUUAACUGUCCGUGGAGCUGAGGAGGGGGCCUGAACCUCCAGUCCCAAACACCUCCUAGAAUUGGAAGGGUGGGGUGUGGGGCACGGGCCUAGAAAUCAAGCUUCUACCUACACCUCACGUAAGGUAGACCCUCUUAGUUUUAGUGCUCUAAGCUAGUUUACCUCAGUUCCACAGGCAGGGCCAUUGGUCCAGGAAGCCCCUGAAGAGGGCGCCCUGGCACAGCCUGAGUGUGAGUGUGAGUGUGUAUGUGUACACAUAUGUGCACUGGGACUUUCCAUUACAGAUACAGACUUAAUUCCUGUGAGUCUAGUUGGAAUUUUUAGUAUGAAUGUGAGGUUUUCCCCCUUGCUUAUGUCAUUAAGAAUAAAAUACUGUGAUCUAUCGUA